GUUCAUCUCCUUGCCCACAGGAUGUCCUUCUCCAGCCAGCAGCUCAGCUCCCGCUGUUUCCCACCCUGUGAGGUGACCUGCCCACAGCCGUACGCCAACGCCUGCAACCAGCCCUGUGUCACCUCCUGUGGGGACUCCCGUGCCGUCAUCUACCCACCACCUGUGGUCAUCACCUUCCCGGGUCCCAUCCUCAGCUCCUGCCCUCAGGAGAGCAUUGUGGGCAGCUCAGCCCCACUGGGGCUGGGCCGGCCCAGGGGUCUGCAGGGCUCUCUUGUCUAUGGGGGCUUCUUGUCCUCCUCAUCCUCCUUGUCCAGUGAGCACUGGAGCCAGCGCUAUGGGGGCUGUGGGCCAUGCUAA